AUGCAAUUCUCUACCCUUCUCAUUUCGGCCGCAACCCUCAUUCCAUCCGUCCUCGGUUGCAUGAACGUUAGCGUGGUUUACACUUUUGAAACCCAGUUCGAACAAAGCAAUCUUUUGAUUUCAUAUUUAGACAACGGACGAGUAACUUGCUACUACAACCAAAGGAACCCAUCUCCCGAGUCGGACACGCAGGUGCCUCUCGGCGCAAACCCAGGAAAGGAUGUAGUCAAUGAUACAGUUCAGGGAUGCGUGGAUGGUUACGAGAGCAAUGUCAAGAUCGAUUUAAAGAGUACUAGUGACAAGAAGAAGCACAACUACAUCGAUUUUUACAGAUACACGCCAGAAGGGAUUCAUUCCGAAACAACCUCAUACAAUACGCUAUACCUUGGAGAUAGAGAGGAUAACCCAGCAUCUUGGAGUUGGACAACCGCCUUUUUCUGUUAA